GUGACCAACGUUCUCAUAACGGUAAACUGCGGAGUAAUCGAGCGAAAUGAAGAUUAUCUUGGUGACCAGUUUGUGCUUCAGCUGGCUUUCGUUUCUGUUGGCAGCACCGGCCAUCGAUUCUACUAGACGAAUAAUUAUAGUGCCUGCAAGUUUUCUUCAAAAUGAACAUAUCCUUCAGGGCCAAAAUAGAGGCCCUCUGGACUUCAUUGGCAACUUGAUCCAGUCUUCAGGAUUCUUCCCAAUAGAAAUAAACGUACCCGAUACUUUUGGAUCGAUAGGCAAUGGGGUAGGAACUCUAGCAAACAACGUUGGAAAUUUUGCUCAAAACGUUGGAACUGGCUUCCAGACAUUCACUCAAAAUGUUGGCAACGGCUUCCAGAACUUUGUUCAAAGAGUUCCUAUCUUGGGCGCCUUCGUACGACCCGUUGGAGGGAGUGUAACUACGCAAAAGUACUUCAUCUUGGUUCCUACACAGAAGAAUGCUGAUCCUGACCAAUUACUUAAGAAAUUGGAUAAUUUUCAGAAAAGCACCGGUCAGGUAGACAGUGAUAUUUUUGAUUUCUUUCCAUGAAUUUGUUUAUAUCUACAAAAAAGUUUCUUACUUCAUUGUAAUACGAAUACUGAAGACCUCAAAGAUAUCUGGUGAAAAUCGUGAAUGAAAAUUAGUUCGGAGUAUAAUAUGAAAAAAUGAACUUGUUGUUAUUUUGCACUCCUGAUGUUUCUCAUUGAUUGAAAGGGAUUGAGUUUCAUUAAAAAUGAUUCCUGAAUAUCUUCAAGAUGUUAUAAAACUUUCAGAAAUUAGAUCAAUGCAAAAACGCUUCAUAAUUUUCUGGAACAUAUUUUUUUGAAUUCAUGAUUUUGGAUCACAAACUUACAGAAGAGUUAUGUUAUGGAUUUCUCUUUGGGUAACAUAUUGGUUGAUUGUUUCCUAUCUUUCGAAAUAUAAAAGAAACUGAAUAUUCAUGUACAGGGUUUAUAGUAUGUUAGAGAUCGAAGUGAUCUACUCAAAGAUAGAUUCUCUUCAAAACAAUGAACAAAAUUAAAUUUGGUCUAAAUCAUUUGAAAUUUUCAUUUGUCAGCGUUGUGAAUUCAAAAAUGAUGUUCUUGCACUUGUUUUUUCUCUGUAUAGAUUGAUACUAACUGAAAAAGUAGAAUGACUUUCUAAUUUCACGUGAUAACUCCAUUUUCAUUUAUUUAUUUAUUUAUUUAUGUUGGUAUUUUUAUGUGAAAUAUUUAUUUUUUAUAUUAUUAUGUUACUAUAUUAAAUUAUUUGUUAAUU